AUGAAAAAUGAUUAUAAGACACAUUUGAAAACGUCGGUGAUUUAUGUUAGAUAUUUGUUACGUAUGGGAUUGCCUUUUCGUGGUCAUGAUGAAUCUGAUGAGUCAAAUAAUAGGGGGAAUUUCAUUGAACUUGUCAAAGUUGUAGCUUCUCUGAAUACUGAUAUUGAUAAUGUUGUAUUAAAAACUGCUCCCCAAAGAUCAAAAAGAAACUUUGGGAUUGCUAAUAAAGCUCCUGGAAAUCUUCAAAUGCUUGCCCCUAGUAUUCAAAAAGAUAUCGUAAAAGCAUGUGCGGUGGAAACAACAAAAGUGAUUAUUGAAGAGUUUGGGGAUGACUUGUUUGGUAUUUUAGUUGAUGAAUCUAGUGAUGUUUCCACUAAAGAACAACUGGUGGUUGUGUUACGGUUUGUUAAUGAUCGGGGGUUUCUUAUUGAGCGGUUUCUUGGGGUUGUCCAUGUUGCCAAUACAUAUUCUAUAUCUCUGAAAUUUGUUGUUGAAUCUUUAUUGUUGGAACAUGGCUUGAGAUUGUCAAGGAUACGUGGACAAGGUUAUGAUGGAGCAAGCAACAUGUGUGGUGAAUUUGGUGGCCUUAAAUCACUGAUUUUGAAAGAAAAUAAAUCGGCUCAUUAUGUCCAUUAUUUUGCUCAUCAAUUGCAAGUAACACUUGUAGGAACUGCAAAGAAUCAUGUUGAUGCUAUUUGGUUCUUUGAUGUUGUUUCCAAUAUAAUUAAUGUGAUUGGAUCUUCUUGUAAGCGAAGAGAUGUCCUUCGAGAAAUGCGUGCAAUGAGACUUGCUGAGGCAAUAAAUAAUGGUGAGAUCAAAACUGGAAAAGGGCUAAAUCAAGAACUUGGACUCAAGAGACCAGGUCAUAGGAAGAAUGCACGUGAAAUAAUGACUUCAUUAUGCUCAUUUGACUUUGCUUUUAUCUUGCACAUAAUGAUAGAUAUUUUGGGAAUCACAAAUGAGUUGUCAUUAGCUUUGCAAAGAGAGGAUCAAGAUAUUGUCAAUACGAUGCACUUGGUGGAAACAUCAAAUAAGUGCCUCCAAUUGUUGAGAUAUGAUGAAUUUGAAGAGUUACUCGAGAAGCUUCAAGAGCUAAAUACUCGUUUCAGUGAAAUUAAUACAGAGUUGCUUCUUUGUGUUAUUUGCUUGAGUCCUAAGGACUCAUUUUAUGCUUUUGAUGUGACAAAAUUGGUAAGAAUGGCAAAGUUUUAUCCAUAUAAGCUUGAUGCAGGGGAUGCUAGAGCACUUUCUUCCGAAUUGAGAAACUAUAUCACUGAUAUGUGA